AUGCCUAAACAUCAUACUUCAUUUAGUAAUAGGACGUCAAUCGCAUUAAACAGCCCUGUGGAGGACAUCGGCAAGCGAGCAGGCUACGAUAGGAGCAGUACACCGGCAGCGGAAGCGGCCAUCGUAGCUGCCGUACAACGCCGCUUUAGAGCCAGCAGCGGCUGCGGAGGCGGACAUGCGGCACAGGACGGCGCGGACGGCACUUUCAACCGAAACGCCGGCUCCCAGCAGCGCCUGGCCCUAAGUUUUGACGAUGGCAUCAUCCGGAAGGAAGUGGUGGCGGUACCGCCGGGGGAGGUGGGAGUGAUGGCAACCCCGAUGAGGGCCUGCACUGCCGCCGGUGCCAGCGCUCCGCCGCCGCUACCACGUGGCGCUGCGUCCCCAACUGGUACCACAACCGCCUUACUAAAUCGUUGCGAGACCGAGCUGCCUUUCUAUUCCACGCCGCCCAUCUGUACCCACGCCGCCGCCGCCGCCGCCGCCGCCGCUGCUGACGGAGCUGGCACCAGCAGCCUUAACUUAGCGCCGGAGCCGGCGGCGGCGGCGGCGGCAGCGGCGGCGGAGCUUCCUACACCAUUUCCUCCUCUCGGGUUCCUCAGUCUCAGCGACGGUCUGGAGCUUCACACGGCAGACAUGGCGAGCUUCAUGACGACGGCGGUGGCAUGCCUGCAGGCCAACUGGUCCGCACUUAGCGCCGCUUCUGGCAGUAGCAGCAGCAGCAGCGGCGGCGGCGGCAGUUGCAUUGACUGCGAGCGGACUGCUGGGGAUGGGGACAGCGCCGCUGCAGCCCAUCUCCUCCCCGCAGUGCCGCCACCGCCACUGCCACCGAGUCAUAGGAACACGCAAAGCGGCGGCGGGACCGCCAACAGCGCCGCAUCCAGCAACGCGUCGGCGGUGGGGCGGUACGGCGCGCUAACGGUGUCCAGCGCCGGCUGGCGAUGUACGGAGCUGUACGACUUGCACGACACGCUGCUGCUGUCGAGGCUGCCUAGGUUGCGUGGCAUGGGCGGCGUUGGAGGCGGCGCCGUGGGGGCUGACAAUACCGUUUUGGUUGGGUACGGCGGUUUGUUGCGUAUGGCGCCGAAGAUGGCGAAGCGCGGUCCGGCAUCCGUACUUGUCAAGCCUGAAUGUUGGGACAGCGAUCUCCAGGCGGUGGAAGAGGCUGCGGCGGAGAUUUCCUUGCUGGGCGGCGAUGAUGUCGUGGAAGGAACCACACCAGCAGGGCCCGGUGCUACUACUGCAGGAUUCCCUGUACUCUAG